CGCAAUGUUGUGAUAGCAAUUUGUUAGUCUAUCGGCAUCUCGCGUGCGCGGUCCAAGGCGUGGCGUGCGCUAUUGUGCAUUUAGCAAGAUUACUAUAAUUUGCAAAAGGCUUACAUGCAACUACAAAGUGUGAAUGGGAGGUUGCUCGGCCAUUGUGUCAUCCAUCAGAGCCGCCAUCGUCAGAGGCCGGCGGUUGGCGUGCACGCUAACAACCUCUUUAUUUUGUCAAUAUUUAAUUAUUGACAGGAACCGCUGCGGAACGCUCGUUAGGCGAAGAUCGGUGGAAUGAUCAUGAUGAGUAGUCGCCACACACGCGGGCGCGGCGCGCGGCUCUCGCGCGUCUGCCGCGCCGUGUGUCGCACGUGUCGUGUCGUGGGGACACACUAGCGAGUGAUAACACGCAACAAUACGAGUCGAGUGUAGUGCUAGUGUGAAGGUUGACAUGACCGCUGCUUGGAUCACUCCAUUUAAGAAGCAGUGUAGCGGGUCUGUUGGAGUUCAUCAUCAGGUGUUCCAUAUCUUCGAUUUUUAUACGUCAUCAGAAAAUGCUCAUCAGGGCGAACAAUUUUUGUUAAGUGCUUCGUGACGCUGGGAGUAUGCCUGAACAUGAGCCAGCACGGGCUGGUGAUGGGCUUCACAGCCAUCUUGUUGCCGCAGUUGCGGCGCCGCGACUCCCCGAUACCCAUCGGCGAGUCCGCCGGCUCCUGGAUCGCUUCGAUUCUGGGCUUCGCUUUAAUUGGCGGGAACUUUAUCGCGCCCACCAUCAUGGCUAAGUUCGGGCGCCGCACCGCCAAUCUGGUGAGCGUCGUGCCGGCGCUGGUCGGCUGGUUCUGCAUCCUGCUCGCGCCCAAUAUCGUCGUCCUGCUCGUGGCGCGCGUCCUGCAGGGCAUCUCCAUGGGCAUGAGCGCCACUCUCAGCCCCAUCCUCAUAGGAGAAUACACCAGCCCCAAUAAUAGAGGCGCCUUCCUUACUAUAAUAUCUUUGUCUAUAGCCAUAGGAGUCCUGACAGUUCACUCUAUGGGAUCUUACUUAUCCUGGCAAACUACAGCGCUAAUAUGCGCAUUCAUAACAUUCACGGAUUUGCUGAUCAUAAUCAAUUCCCCAGAAUCACCAAGUUGGCUGGCUGACCAAGGAAGAUAUGAUGACUGCAAGAGAGUGUUUAGAUGGCUUAGAGGAGAUGGGGAAGAAGAAGAAUUAAAAGAAAUGAUUGAAGCUACGAUAGUAGUUAGAGAAGCCAGAGAGUCUGUAAAUAUUUCGCAGACAUUUUCUCAAACUGUAAAAACUAAAAUAGCUUAUUUCGGAAGCACUUUAAAAAAGAAAGAGUUCCUCAAGCCCAUAUUUAUCAUGAUUCACAUUUACACUCUCAGCCAAUGGGCUGGGGCUAACCUUCUAGCUGCUUACAGUAUAGACAUCUUCACACACGUCAUAGGGUCUGACGCCAAUGUUCCAUUGAUGGUGAUCACACUCGAUGUUCAGAGAAUCAUAUCAAACUCUUGUGCCAUUUUUGUCAUAAAGAAAGUGAAGAGACGAAUGAUGCUAUUCAUUACAGUGGCUAUAAACAUAAUAGCAUUUUUGUCGAUAGCAUUGUACACAUAUGCCAAAACAAAUAACAUGCUGCCGUGGUUCCUAAACUACGCCGCAGUGGGCAUAUUCUUGAUACAUCUGCACAUGUUCUCUAUAGCCACCGGAACGGUUCCUCUGCCGUUCAUCAUCGCCGGAGAGUUGUUCCCGUUGGAAUACAGGAGCAUAGCUGGAGGGAUAAGCGUCUUCUUCUUAUCUGCUAAUCUUUUCAUCACCGUUAAAACUGCUCCACAUUUAUUCGCAACACUGGGAAUCUACGGUGCAUAUUGUGUGUAUGCAGCUGUUAUAGUGUACUGCUUAGUGGUCGCUGGGAUCUCCCUGCCUGAAACGAAGGACAGAACGCUGCAGGACAUUGAAGACGAGUUCCGAGGACGACCGCUGACGGUACACGAGUUGAAAUCCGUGCAGUCCUUGACGUCCUGGAGACGACACAGUAAGGACAGAAGAUGUAGUAGUCCUUUCAUACAAUGAGCAAGACAUAGAGUAGGAAAAUAAUUAGGAAGAUUGCAGAGAAACUCAAGAUUUUAAACCGGUUGUUAUGUUUCUGUGCCUUGUUCUGAGGCUGUUGAUAUUGAUGAUCAUGAAAAAUUAUAUGGGCUGUGAUAUAACAGUGAAUUGUGUCACAAAGACGUUGCGUAAUUUAGGCGCACUAACAAACAGACAUUUAUAUGAUCAAGUUAUAAAAUACCCUGUAAACAAGAUUUACUAAUGAAAAUCGACAUUAUAAGGGACCAUAAUAUACUCAAUGUAAUUGUUCAAAGUGAAUUUUAUGAAUAUUUGUAGGUACUUAAUAAGAUUGUUUCAUCUUAUCUUUCACGUGACCAGGUACUAGCAAUCCAAAUACAGGAACAUUUGCGCUGGUGCAACCAUCUGCACCUUGAUAUGGGGCAAAUAUGCAAAUCUGGACAACUUCGAAAGUAUAUUAUACUAGAUGUUGCCCGGGGCUUCGCUUCCGUGGGAAUUUUGAGAUAAAAUAUAGCCUAUCUAUAUAACAAUCUUGGAUAAUGUACCUUUCUAAUAGUGAAAGAAUUUUUGAAAUCAGUUUGGUAGUUUCGGAGAUUACCCGCCUCAAAUUCACAAACGCUUACCUCUUUAUAAUAAUACUAUAGACUAUAGAUUAUGUAGUGCAAGAAAGUAACAAAAAUACAAGAGAUGCAGUGUACAAUAUGUGACUACGUACUUAUUAUUGUUUAAAGUGUGGUUAUUGAUACUCAGCUCGUGAAUCAUAUGUGAACUAUGAUUUAUUUUUAGAAAUGUACAUAAAUAAGUAUUUAUUGAUACUUUAAUAAAAUAAUUAAUAAGUAA